AGCAAUUUCGGAGCAACGAUUUUAGAGACCUCGGUUAUACCCCAGUACCAUCAAGGUCAACCACUACGAACUUUACCAGGUGAGUGCUCCGGUGCACUAGCAACGGCACAAGGCUGGUAUUGGAGCAAACACUGCUAUCUGCCUGAAAUCAUCUGCCCACCAAGGCGACCAAAGUUGACAGCUUCGAAGCAGACAACAUGAGAACGACACCUCAUCACUGCCAGCUGUGGCGCGCGAGUACUGUUAUUGGGCGUUUUUGCAAGUGUCCGCAAGCACGACCCUGGUUUUGUGCGAUCUCUGCCCGAAACGCAUCUUCCAACGUCAGAAUCAUCGAAGUUGGACCGCGCGAUGGAUUGCAAAAUAUCAGCACCAGGGUUCCAACUUCAACAAAAGUCGAGCUUAUCAAGAAGCUCGCCGCCACCGGACUGAAAGACAUAGAAGCAACAUCAUUCGUGUCUCCCAAGUGGGUACCGCAGCUGGCAGACGGAAGAGAGGUUAUGGACCAAGUCUUGCCCCUGGCGGAUCGUGAAUCCUUACGCUUUUCAGUUCUGGCGCCAAACAUGAAAGGUUUUGAGAAUGCUCUAGCGGCUGGCGCGCGGGAAAUCGUCGUCUUCGCUUCCGCCACGGAAGCUUUCAGCAAGAAGAACCAGAAUUGUACCGUGGAACAGGCCCUUGAAGCCGCAUCAGUGGUGGUCAAGCGUACCAAAGAGCACAAUAUCUGGGUGCGCGGCGUUGUAUCAUGCAUCUUUUCGGAUCCCUACUCAGGGCCCACAGAUCCAAAGGAUGUAGCAUCCGUGGUGAAGCGAUUCAUGGAAAUGGGCUGUGACGAGGUCGGUCUUGGGGACACCCUCGGCGUUGGUACGCCAAAGCUUACACAGGCAUUAUUGGAAGUGAUCCUAAAGGAUGUGCCAGCCGACAAGCUUACUGGUCACUUUCACGAUACGUAUGGUCAAGCUAUUGCCAACGUUAUGAGGUCUUACGACAUGGGGUUGAGAGCUUUUGAUGGCAGCGUGGCUGGGCUUGGUGGUUGUCCAUAUGCUCCAGGUGCCAAAGGCAACGCUUCCACAGAGGACAUUGUGUACACAUUGGAGAAUUCUGGCAUCGAUACGGGCGUUAAUCUACAGGAACUUGCAGCGGUGGGCGAGUGGAUUGCUCAGCAAUUGAAGUUGCCAAACAACAGCCGGGCAGGAGCAGCAUUGAUGGCAAAGCAGCGACAGACGUCAGUUUCAUCCACUGGAAACGGCUCGAAACCAGAACAUCUAUCAGAGCCCGCUACAGGUAGAUCCCAAGGACAAUCAAACCCAUCACUCUCACGCACUUGGACGGUUUUGAAGAAAGAUGAAGGAUACACGGCGUCGAGGGCUCACAGUGCCGUGAAGAUCACACUGACUCGACCUAAGAAUGGCAACGCCAUGACGACAGAAAUGCUAGAGUCUCUGACUCGCUUGUUCAAAGAACUGUCAACCGACCGCUCUGUCUUUCAGAUCGUCCUUGCCGCCGAAGGUAAAUUUUUCUGUACUGGUAUGGACCUGACCGGCGGUAGCAGAGAUGACAGUUCCAGCUAUCAUGACAAGAUAGUGGCUCUAUUUGAGUCGAUUGAUGAUGCACCCCAAACAACAAUUGCAGCAAUUCAUGGCCCAUGCUACGGUGGAGGCGUCGGCCUCGGCUUUGCUUGUGAUGUGAGAUUAGUGUCUGAAGCAGCCAGAUGGACACUCUCUGAAGUCAAGCUUGGGGUGAGCCCUGCUAUCAUCUCAAAAUACAUGGCUCGAGAAUGGGGGUUUGCAUUCUUUCGAGAGGCUAUGCUUAGUGGCAGAGAAGUCACGGUGCAGGAACUAUCACGUAUUGGCACGAUACAUGGGAUUGCGCAAACUCAGGACAAGCUUAAUCUGAUGGUAGAAGAGUACCUGGAUGAUUUGGCACAUUGUGCACCUCAGGCUGCUGCGACGUGCAAGGAAUUGGUACGGCUGGCUUUCAAAGGUCCGGACUCCCGUGAGCAAAACGCCUUUGUUCAGCACACGUUCGAGAACAUGUUGGCACCUGACAGUGAAGGACAGUAUGGGAUUCAACAGUUCCAGCAAAAGGUGAAGAAGGUCGAUUGGAGGCAAUACUGGAACCGUCGAGAAGCAAAACUAUGAUCAAGGGUUUCAAAGUAUCCUUGCCAAAAGGUGCUGCUUAACUUGCAGCUCCUCUCUCGCAAGUCUGUCAAUUCUCGACGAGGCAUAGAAUGCGACGCUAUCAUUUCUCCAUCAUGCCCAGCGGAUUCAGUGUUGUCAGGCCCGGCCUUCUUGUCUCAUGUACUCCCAUCCUGGCGACUCAUAGCAGGCCACUUGAUACCUGGAUCUGGCCAGGGCGCGUCAGUCGAGGAAAGGCCUUAAAGUGAAUCACAUUGCGACUGAAUGUUGCUCACAAGAGCAAGCUAUCCAAG